UCUCCACAUCUCCAGACAGUCGGACCAACACACCGAAUCCGACUUUUACGCACUGGAGAGGGCGGCCCUGGCUGCGCGUACUCGUCUGCAAAAGGCUGAAAGUUGCACUGACAGUCCCACUUUGAUGGUUGACGCGCUAAAACAGACUUUUGGGAGAGCUACAGGGGAACUCACCUUCGUCUUUCACUCCGGACACUGCGCAGUUUUCUCGUUUUGAUUGAGAGACCGAUCCUUUAACUCAGCGCGCGCAGCUGCUCUUUAAUAAGUAGGCUUUUAAGGGAAGCACGCCCAUGUGCUCUGCUCUAUUAUUACGUUUUUUUUUGUAUUUGCUUUUCUCUUGUGUAAUGCGCAAAAGCAAUUAUGAGCAAGUGAAUUAGAGAAGUUGACGCACACCAGCUAUGCAGCCCGGCCGCUUGGAGACGGUCCUUUGAAUCAGGCUUCUUGUAUUCGGAGCAUUUAGUCCGGGGACAGACAGAGACAGCCAGUUCGAAAUAGACCGCGACAGAAGACAUCUGGGUCCCUGUGAGGGGUGUUUGGGAACGCGUGCCUCUUCGCUGUCCCAGGUGUCCCGCCGAGCGGUGCGGAGUCUACAGCUCGGGCCGGCAGCGCUGACAUGCUGCCCAAAGCCGAGACUGAAUCCCUGGGACUCUCUCGAUCGUAUGGAGAACACGGGCACAUGCCAAGGAUUUUGCAAGCACCCCAUAUAAAAAUGAUGGACUACUCGUAUGACGAAGACUUGGACGAGAUGUGUCCCGUUUGCGGAGACAAAGUUUCUGGGUACCACUACGGACUCCUGACCUGCGAGAGUUGCAAGGGCUUCUUCAAGCGCACCGUCCAGAACAACAAGCGCUACACAUGUAUAGAGAACCAGAGCUGCCAGAUUGACAAGACCCAGAGGAAGCGCUGCCCGUACUGCCGCUUCCAGAAGUGCCUCACCGUUGGCAUGAAGCUCGAAGCUGUGCGAGCGGACCGCAUGCGUGGCGGUCGCAACAAGUUCGGCCCCAUGUACAAACGGGACCGAGCCCUCAAGCAGCAGAAGAAGGCGCUGAUCCGAGCCAACGGCCUGAAGAUCGAGGCCAUGACCCAGGUGAUGCAGGCCGUGCCCACCGACCUCACCAUCUCCUCGGCCAUCCAGAACAUCCACUCGGCCGCCUCCAAGGGCCUCCCGCUGAGCCACCACGCCGGCCACCACGCCGGUCACCACCACCACCACCACCACCACCAUCACGCCACUGCCCUGCCCCCCACAGACUACGACCGCAGCCCGUUUGUCACCUCGCCGGUCAGCAUGGCGAUGCCGCCGCACGCCGGCAGCCUACAGGGCUACCAGGCGGCCUACGGACACUUCCAGGGCACACGCACCAUCAAGUCAGAGUACCCCGACCCGUACACCAGCUCGCCAGAGUCCAUCAUGGGCUACGCCUACGUAGACGCCUACCAGUCAGGCUCGCCACCCAGCUUCCCCCACCUGAUCGUAGAGCUGUUAAAGUGUGAGCCGGACGAGCCGCAGGUUCAGGCCAAGAUCCUGGCCUACCUGCAGCAGGAGCAGGCCAGCCGCGGCAAACACGAGAAGCUCAACACCUUCGGCUUAAUGUGCAAGAUGGCCGACCAGACGCUGUUCUCCAUCGUGGAGUGGGCACGCAGCAGCAUCUUCUUCCGUGAACUCAAGGUGGACGACCAGAUGAAGCUGCUGCAGAACUGCUGGAGCGAACUCCUCAUCCUGGACCACGUGUUCCGGCAGGUGAUGCACGCCAAGGAGGGCUCCAUCCUGCUAGUCACCGGCCAGCAGGUGGACUAUGCAGUGAUCGCGUCACAGGCCGGAGCCACCCUCAACAACCUGUUGAGCCACGCCCAGGAGCUGGUGGCCAAGCUGCGCUCGCUGCAGCUCGACCAACGGGAGUUUGUCUGCCUCAAGUUCCUGGUCCUCUUCAGCAUGGACGUGAAGAACCUGGAGAACUUCCACCUGGUGGAAAGCGUCCAGGAGCAGGUCAACGCGGCGCUGCUGGACUACGUCAUGUGCAACUACCCGCAGCAGACGGACAAGUUCGGCCAGCUGCUCCUCCGGCUGCCUGAGAUCCGGGCCAUCAGCCUGCAGGCCGAAGAAUACCUUUACUACAAGCACCUGAACGGCGACGUGCCCUGCAACAACCUGCUCAUCGAGAUGCUCCACGCCAAGAGGGCUUAGGAGGUGCUACCCAUAAUGCAGCUUGUGCGAACGCCAGGAGAGUUUUUUCCGCUGCACAAAAAACGACUGAACCUAGCAGCUCCGACUUUGACUGGGCGCUGACGCGGAGGACAAAGAGCGAGUGGGUUAGAAACUCUUGUUUAUAUUGAACCAUUCAAGUUCCGAUGUGGACGGACACACGUGCACAGAGUAUGAUAAUGUGCAGAGAAACAGCAUGUGGAUCCCUUUAUUCUAAAAAACAUAAAAAUGAAAAUCAUAAAAAAAAAAGGAGGAGCCGCUUCUGAACCCCACAGAAAAAGACAACACUAAAAGAAAAGGGGGAAAAAAAAAACUCUUGAAUAAACACUGCAUUUGCAUUUACACCACGAGAUGGCAUCUCAUCGUCUGCACGAGCACGGACUAUCCCGACUGGCAGGCAGCGGCCGAGAGAAACAACAACCCUCGUGUGUUUGAGCACCGGUGACCCAGCAGGAGGCUUUUUUCUGCUCAUCUUUCACGCAGCUUCGUGACCGGAGCGGUGGCCGAGCUCUGGUCCUCGGCUUGGAGCUGCUGCUGGUACUGUAAAGACAAACUGGAGCCUCAGACUCUUUCCCACCAUCGUCGUCGUCGUUUUCCUUUUUUUGCCACGGCAGCUUGACCUGAUUGAAAAGACUGAGAGCUGACGGUAAAAAAAAAAGAAAAAAGAAAAGGUCUAAAAACUGAAUAUUUAAUGAACAAAAUGAUAAAUAGGCCAAUAAAAAAAAGUUAAAUGUUCCUUUUUUUCCUCUUGUAAUGAAGUCAUUUGCUAGUCAUGGUCACCUUGUGGUUCCCCCCCCCCUUCUUACUCCGCCUGCCCCCGAAAUCAUCUUACACUAUGUACCUCAGAACGACCAGUGUUAAAUAAAUUCAGCUCAUAACGACAAUUGUAUUUAUAACCCAUUGCUCCUGCUAAAGACCCCCCCCCCCCUCCUCUUUUCAUUAUUUCAUUAAAACUGGAACAAAACAAAAGUGAGAUUGUGGAGACGGAGAAGGAUCGACCCUGCCUUUGUCCGGAAAGACCAAAGCCUGCUGCAGAACAGAAGGAAAUGACAAAUACCUUAAUAAUCAGUAUUAUAAAAGAAGAAGAAAAACCAAACAAAAAAAAAAGAUUUGUGAUGUCACAGUUCUGUGAGUCUUGCCUUAUUUCAUCACCAUGCUAGCUAACCGUGCAGAUGUGAAUGAAAAUAUGUACAAAUAUAUAUAUAAAGUAAUAAUGUUGUAAAAAAUUUAAAAAAGAAUAAUUCACCAGGUGUUUACAUUCAUGUGGUAAUAUGGGAGAGAACUGUGAUGAAGCAUAAAUUGCAAAGCAAUGAUUUCCUACAAAAUGAAAUCAACUAAUUGAAAAAAAAGAAAAAAAAAGAUGAUCCCUCUGGUUUGCUUUCUUUGAUGUGUGUACAGUGUUUUAUUAUUAUUAUUAUUUUGUAUUUGUUUUGAGCAGUACUUAAAUUAUGUCGUGAGACACUAAAAUCAAAAAGGAAUCACUUAAGAAUAUAAAUUUCCAUUUGUGUCUGCUGGCAUUCAAACAUCUGUUUCUUAAACGUUGCUGUGUAAGGGUUCCAUUUCACGUUCAACGUUUUUGUAGCCUCUUUUCAUUUUUUACAGUGCUUUUACCUUUUUGAUGUACAGUAUGUCACUGGUUACGCUUAUAAAUGAAGGUAAUUUAUUGCGUCUCUGAGUUCCCAUCUUCGUGUUACAUGACGUGAGGUGUCCGCGCCAAAUAAAUUUGUUUACUGUA